AUGAAUUUAGAAACGCCUAACCGAAAGGCUUCUAACAGUGGGAAGAUGCCGAUUAGUUCGCUAACGAGGUUGUUAAAUGAGUCAAACUCGAAUAAUGCUACGCCGAUACUUUCCAAGAAUCACUCGCAGACAUCAUUGGAUUCUACGAGUGAAACAAUCACACCAUCGCAUCAGAACCACGAUAUAUUGGAGGGAAAUGGGCAUGGGCCCGAUUUGGGGUCUGACGAUGUAGAUGCUAUUACCGGGGGGGUAGGUGGAUUUUCGAUGGAUGAGACCUAUGACAACGGCUCAUUGGAUAUCGCACAACCGCAGGUCAUCAACGGGUUUGAUCCAUCGAUAGAUAUUGUUCCGGAAGAUUCGUUCUUGGUUCCUGAGUCUCCAAGGACUCAAGGGGGCAGAAACAGUGGCAAUACCGCUUUUCAGUACAGAGACGUUCCAAUCAAGCCACCCACUGUUGCCAGCCCUAGGACAAAGAGAACAGGCUCUGUAUCGCAUUCUUCGUUCUUGAAUUCUGGAGGAUAUGGGGGUGAAAGCAUGUCAUCCUCGAUCCCAUACAGUGCACCCGGAGGCAGAAGUCAAUUAUCGAGUUCGUUUACGAAUUUAAAUGGAAUGGCAAAUCAACCAUCAAGCUUCUCCAGUGAAGCCCCCAUUACUCAUGAUAAUUCACAUAUCCCUAAUUUGCCUAAUGGACAGCCGAUUUCAUCAAUUCAUAUUCAAUCCCCUCAGGUUAAUUCUUCGUCGAUUGAACCACGUUUUGUUAUUUCAAAGCAAAGAGUAGCUCAGGCUCAAGCUCAGGCGUCAUUGAGUACUUCGAAUAGAUCGGGCUCUCAAUCGGGAUUAUCAUAUUUUUUCUCUUCUAAGAAUAAAGGUCCAAAUAAAAAACCAUCGUCAUCAACAGAUUUAGGUUCAUUCUAUAAUAAUGCCUAUCAAGACUAUAACAAUUAUGUUCCGUUGAGCUCUCCAUCAUCUAUUUCAUCAAAUGAAUCAAUCAGUUCAAAUGCAUUUCCAGCUCCUUCAAGACAUAACUCGAUGGCUAACUUGAAGAGAUUCUUUAAGAAGUCGACUCCAGCCAACCCAGCUCCAGCUUCAAGUUUAUCCUCAUCGUUGAGAUCAAAUGGAAGUGACCGAAAUAGCAUUCCUGUUAGUACCGAUUCUAAUACACCAAUGAGCGGUUCGUUCCAACCUGGGUCAUACGGACAAUCAUUGACUGAAUCGUCAUCCAAUGCCUCGUAUUCCCAGUCUCCUAAUGCUGGGCUCACUAUUGGCUCAUCUUCGGUCAGUCGUUCCUCGUCAGUCUUGCAGAAUAAAAUGAAUUAUCAGCGCGAAAGAAGAGGUUCUGUACUGGUCUUAAUUAAUCCUCAGCAGCAGUUACCAUUCUCAAAGAGAUACGGAAAGCUCGGUGAUAAUUUAGGUGCCGGUGCUGGUGGUGCUGUGAAAUUAGUGAACAGAUUAUCGGACAAACAAGUAUUUGCGGUGAAAGAAUUUAGAGCCAAAUACCAAAAUGAAACUAAGAGGGAUUACGCUAAGAAAAUUACUGGAGAAUAUUGUAUUGGCUCUACUUUAAAGCACCCGAACAUUAUUGAAACCAUUGAAAUCUGUUACGAAAAUGAACGUAUCCUACAAGUUAUGGAAUACUGUGAUUUUGAUUUAUUUGCAAUUGUAAUGUCGAACAAGAUGUCACGAGAAGAAAUCAACUGUUGUUUUAAACAAAUUCUAUCGGCAAUAAACUACUUACAUUCAAUGGGUUUGGCUCAUAGAGAUUUAAAACUUGAUAACUGUGUUAUUGAUAAUAGAGGUAUUGUGAAGAUUAUUGAUUUUGGUUCUGCAGUUGUCUUUUCUUAUCCAUUUACGAAAACCUUGAUUGAAGCACAAGGCAUUGUAGGUUCAGAUCCAUAUUUGGCACCCGAAGUGUGUGUUUUCAAUAAGUACGAUCCUCGACCAGUGGAUGUUUGGUCCGCGGCUAUAAUAUAUUGCUGUAUGAUAUUGAAAAAAUUCCCAUGGAAAGUUCCAAAGUUAUCAGAUAAUAGCUUUAAGUUGUUUGCUAGUAGAGGUGAAAUGAUUCCAUUAUCUGAAAUGCUUAAAAGGACUCCAGAACAAAUUAAUAGUGAUUUGAACGAAAGGGAUGACGAAUUAGACAUCAGUGAAAUGAACCCAAUUUCAAUUUCUAAAUCUGAAACAAGUAAUCCCCAAUCACUCAACUCCCAAGGUAAGCCUCAUACUUCAAGCGAAUCGGGUGCGGGAAGAUUACUACUUGCCUUACCAGAGGACUGUCGUCCAUUGAUUGGCAAGAUGGUAGAAUUACCUCCAGCAUGUCGUAUCUCAAUUGAGGAAUGUUUCAAUGACGAUUGGUUAACUUCUAUUGAUAUGUGUUAUGUGGAACAGAAAUUAACCCUGGAUGAAUCUACAAAUUUUGAAGUUGUGCCUUGUGACAAUCAUGACCACACCCAAGUGGAUCAAGCAAAAGCUCAUAUAGCUGCAUUCGAUAAGACCAAGAAAAAGCACUAA